AUGCACUUGACCACAUUGCAGGAGGAGCUGCAGCAGUUCGACGACUACAAAGAUCUGCUGGCCAGCUACCAGCAGAUCUCCGACAACAGCGUGUCGUUCACUACCCUAGAGGGUGACCACCAUACGACGACUCUUACCAAAGACGGCUGGCUUGUCGAUCCCGAGCAAGCAACGCCUGGGCAACCGCAGCAGCAUUACGAAACCGUCGAAGCGCUUCUCAUGGCCCAAUCUGAUCAGUUCAGGGCGAGAUGGAGCGAUCUGCUGGCAGCAAAGCUGUGGGAGUAUGCCGAGAAGAAAUGA